CACGCACACAACACCACAACCACUGCGCGCAAAGGGCGAUCUUAGGAAAGGAACCCUUUCGUUACUCCACCACUUCUCCGCUUCUCUUCACGCGCUCUCUCGCAAAAAUGUCUGCCAACGACACCUCCGCCGCCUGGCCCAUCGCCGACGCUGGUCUCAGCCAGGAAAUCCUCGACCUGGUCCAGCAGGCCAGCCACUACCGCCAGCUCAAGAAGGGUGCCAACGAGGCCACCAAGACGCUGAACCGUGGUGUUUCCGAGGUCAUCAUCCUCGCCGCCGACACCUCCCCCCUCGCCAUCCUGCUGCACUUGCCCCUACUUUGCGAGGACAAGAACGUUCCCUACGUCUACGUCCCUUCCAAGAUGGCUCUGGGCCGUGCCUGCGGUGUGUCGCGCGCCGUCAUUGCCGCGUCCAUCACCACCAACGAGGCUUCCGACCUCAUGAACCAGAUCCGCACCCUCAAGGACAAGGUCGAGAGACUGAUGAUCUAAGCGCAUUCGCCGCCGACGCUCCGAGUUCUAUAUGCGAGUCUGUUUAAAGAAAAGCAGAAUGCAAAAGCGGAGGAGUUUUGGAGUGGGUGCCAGCUACGGCUUCAGAGAACGCGGCCGUGUAGAAACGGUUUACGCGAGUUGAAAAAAAUGGGGGUUCUUCGCUGAACCACUCAAAUCAAUACUAUUGAAUCGCAA